AUGCAACAAGACCCAAGCGCUGGCGUCCCACCAGCCCUCCUUCCUCACGUACAUCUGAUAUCCGACUACCGAUACCCAACCUUAGCCCAUCUGCGCCCAGAGGACGCCCUAAGUUACCUCCUCGAAGCACCUCGAGUCGUCAAAGACCAGGCUGCUGUCGCAUGGACCUACCUACACAACCCUCCCAAUGAUGGCAUGGUAUUUCUGGAGUGGAUGUCUCCACAGCGGCGUCAAUUCGCCAGCGAUCCUUACAUUUGGGCCGAUCCAGAAGCAUCCUUCAACAUCGAAGUUCGCGGAUACACAAUGGAGAUGGUCAUGCACAGAAGCGGCUAUCUACCCGGAGAGCUCAUCUCAACUCACUGCAGAAGACGGUUUCGAAUAGUCAACAAGAAUCCUGCUGCGCCAGGUCCACCCCCAGACAACUCGCUAUGGCUAGUACACUACGGUCCGGCCGACCCGCAGAACCGCUAUCCGGUCAACCGCAUCUCCAUGAUCCCCGACAUGCAUAGAAUUAGGGCAGAGCGACAGUAUCUGGAAAGCCAAGGCCAGCUUCUCCGGAAGCCCUUCAUGCUCCACGACAGACUCAACUGGCCACAGAUAAACUUCACCGGCGCUUUGCCAGGUAUGCCGUCACAGGUAGGUGCUGCGUAUCCGAAUCCAAUGCAGCAAAUGGCCAGGAACGCGCAGUAUUAUCCACAAGCGCAAGGCGGCGUUGUCGGGCCCCCUCCUGCAAAACGGCCACGACAAGUGCCACCUUCACAGUUGCCGGGCUCGGGGCCUGCCGGCGUACAGCCAACUGCUGGUAUGGCGCAUGACCCUUUCUUAGAGGAUGAGGAAAAUCACGCUCUGGGCGAUCUGCUCGACCAUCUCACACCUCGCGAUAUCAGCACGAUGAGGUAUACCCAACAUCAUGAGUGGAUGGAGGAAAUUCUUUCCUCGCCAUACGCCGCAGGACAGAUUGCGCCUGUCGAUCUGGGUCUGGGUCUCAUGGGCGAACUAAGCCAACUUACCGACGGUCUCUUCGACGCACCCAACGCAGAACCCAUGAGAGACCUCUCGAAGCCUAACGCACCAGACCAACGUGUCCAGACCAUCAACAAGGAUCAGCUUGAAGAGUUCGAGAAGCGCGUGUCAGCUUUCAUGGCGGCUGAGCAGGCAGAGAUAGAAAAGAUGAAAACCGAGCACGCGAAGAAGAUGGCGGAUCUGAAGCGGAGCAUCAAGACGUACAUGCAGGCCGAGAAGCGGCUACGAGAUGCGGUAUGGGAGUCCAGUGAAACGAGGCAUCAACCAGGGAAAGAGACUGUGGAUGAGGUUGUCCAGUACGUGGAGAAGACUCUAGGCGUAACCACCGCUCCACGCAAAGACGUCGUUUGCGUCGAGAAGGGCGGCCUUGUCGAGAACGAUCCCGACCAGGUCGACCUCAACGGUAACGGCAACGCGCCUGCAGACCUCUUCUUCGAGAGCGGAGCGGCGAACGGCAUCCUAGGCGAUGGCACAAUGGACGCGGACAGUUUGCUGCUUGAACAGUACACGACCCACUCCAUGGGCUCAACGCCAGCAGCAAAUCUCGUACCGCCUCAUCUAUCCAAUACAGGAAGCCAGGAUCAGUCCGCCGGGGCGACGCCAAGUGCCAUCUCUGCCGUGCCGGCACAAGGCGCGCAGACCCAAAGCCAUAGCGGCUUGGGCGCCGAAGGGCAACAGGACGUCGCCGGCAUGCCAUCGAUGGAUGACAUGGACUUCGACGUCGACGUCGACAUGACCGGCUUAACCAACGACGUGGUCGACGAAAAAGCGGGAGACGGCGACUGGGUCGUCGUUGAGCAGAGCGGUGAAAGCCAGGUUGUCGGUGCUGAUAGCGGCGUACAACAGACCACAAACACAGACACAAACACAAACACAAGCGCCGCCGGCGGCGGUCAGGAUGCUUCGGUGCUGUCAAACGAUGCCUCGGCGCCGAUGCCGCCGGACGAUGCCAACGCCGGUAGUCUGUUUGGCGGCGCGGAUUUUGGCGCUUUCGACACGCUGGAUAGCGCGGGCGACGCGCUGGCGGAGUAUACGAGUGCAGGCGAUGAUUUGGGACUUGAUUUGGAUAAUGAGGCGUUUGGGGAUUUUGGAGCGGGUGAGGAACAGGGCGGGGCGCAGGAUGGUGGGGUGGCUUGA